UCUUUCAAGUACCAUUUUGUAACUUUUUGCCUUAGUUCCAUUUUUUGCUUACCAUUUUGUCUGGAUUUGCUUGCGGUCAAUCGGGAUUUUCUCGUCUUUUGUUGGUGUGGGUUUAAUAUUGAUUUUUUCGUUAAUCUAGCGCAUAUACCUCUAUGUAUUGUUGUUUUGAAGUUUAUUGUUAGAUUUAAAUCGUUUUGAGGAUAUUUUUCAAUUAAAUGAUUUUAUCUUAAAUUUGCAGGAAUAUACCUAAUUUUGUUAUAAAUUUUGGUUGUUCAAUCAUUGAUCUUCCUCCAUUUUCUUAAAUAGUAAAGACAGAUUUGUGAUGCCAGGACAUACAAAACAGAGUCGGAAACGGCGAACUUAUCGAGAUUAUUCUUAUGAGGAUGAAAAACGUAUACGUGAAGAGAAUCGCAGCAAACUUAAAUGUGAUCGUGAGGAGCGCGCUAGACGACGAUCACGCAACAGAAAUGACCAAUACUAUCAAAUGGAUAUUGAGAAGGCUUGUGACAUAUCAAAGAAUGGCCCACAGAAGAACAGCACUGCUUCCUCAUCCAAUGCCAGCAAACGGAUAUCUCCUCCUAAGAAAAAGUCAAAAGUAAGCAAUCGAAAUACAAAAACUAGCAAUAGUCAACAACAAUUAUCUACCGCUCAAUCAUCUUCAGUGGCCGUUGUUAUUCCAUCAACUGUCCAUACUAAACCACAACAAGUAGUAGUCCCGCAACCAAUUAUUCCGCCUCCAAUACAUGAUGACAAAGAAGGACAUUUAAUUUAUUAUAAUGGACAAGUUAUCGAUUCUCGAUUUGAAAUUGUUAAGACACUUGGUGAAGGAACAUUUGGAAAAGUUGUGCAAGUCAAAGACUUAUGCCGUACUGAUUCUGUUAAAUCUGCACCAAAAGCUUUAAAAAUCAUCAAAAAUGUUUCAAAAUAUAGAGAUGCUGCUAGACUUGAAAUUAAUGUUCUUAGAAAGCUUAGAGAAAAAGACCCAGAAGGAAAUCAUUUGGUUAUUCAAUUACUCGACAGUUUUGAUUAUCACGGACAUAUGUGUUUGUUGUUUGAUUUGUUGGGUCUGAGUGUUUUUGAUUUUAUGUUAAUUCACGCUGUUAAAUUUCUUCACGACAAUCGUUUAACACAUACAGAUUUAAAACCUGAGAAUAUUCUUUUCGUCUCUAGUGAUUUUGUGACAAUGGUAAAUGGAGAAGAUGGAAGGCGUACACGAAAACCUGAUGCAACUGUUCGUCUAAUUGAUCUCGGCUCAGCUACAUUUGAUCAUGAGCAUCAUUCAACAAUUGUUUCUACUCGUCAUUAUAGAGCACCCGAAGUUAUUUUAGAGCUUGGUUGGGCGCAACCUUGCGAUGUGUGGUCAAUCGGAUGUAUUAUGUUUGAGCUUUAUACUGGACAGACACUUUUCCAAACACAUGACAAUCGGGAACAUUUGGCUAUGAUGGAAAGAAUUCUUGGAAAAAUACCUUACAGAAUGGGGCAUAAAACAAAAACAAAAUAUUUUUAUCAUGGCCGUUUAGAGUGGGAUGAUCGUACGAGCGGCGGUCAGUACGUGAGGGAUCAUUGCAAACCUUUAAUUCGUUACAUGCAGUCUAAUUCAGACGCUCAUCAGCACUUGUUUAACUUGAUUCAUCGAAUGUUAGAAUACGAACCAAAUUCUCGUAUCCAAUUAAGUGAUGCUCUUCGCCAUAUUUAUUUUAGUCGAUUAGAACCAGCUCAACGUGCAAGUGUUGAUGGGGGAAAGUUAAAUGAUUUUGUAAAUGGUGAUCUGUCUAAUAAAAGUGUUGCUUCUUCAUCUUCAAUACGAGAUUGACUACUACUUGUUUUGUUUAUUGGUUGGAAAUUUUUGUUUUAAUUUUUUGUGAUUUUGGUGGUGGAAAUAUAUAUUUAAUUUGUUAGGAGGGUAAAAGAAAAUAAAAAAAAUUAUUUUUAAUUUAACUAAAAAUUAAUUCUUUCCAAUUUUUGUCUUUUUGUCAAUUCUUUUUUGGAUAAUUAUUUUUUGAGAAUUAAAUUUUUUGACAAAAAUCCAAAAAUCUUUUAUUUUGUUACACAAUUUUGUCUUUAUCCUAUAUUUUGUUUUGUUUAUUUUAAAUUAAUUAUUCUUGUCACAUAUUUACUAAUUACUUCCCUCCUCCCCUCUCCCCCCUCCAUUUUUUGCUCAUGUAAUUUAAAAAUGAGUUUAUUUCCUUUUUGUCUUUUUAAAUUUACAAUAAAAAUUUCCAAAAAUAAUUUUUUUUUGAUUUUUGGUAAAUUUAAAUAAAAAUAUUUUUUUAUCUGCAACACUACAU